GGAGCUGGGAACUAGAUGAUACACUGAUGUUCUUUCAUUGCAGGCUUCUCACUGGGGUUCUCCCAGCUAAGGAGUCUUUAGGCUGAUUGCUAGUAUUUAAAAGACAACCAUUUAUGUAAUUUAUAUCACAGUAGUGUCUUCUGUGGUAAGAAAAGCCAUUUAGAGGCUUUCAGAUGUAAUGAUAUGUGCCAUAUUAAAUAAUAACUGCAUUGUGUAUACAUAUUUGCUUCAGUAUAAUAGAAUCAUAGGAUGGUAUGGGUUGGAAGGAACCUUAAAUAUCAUCCAGUUACUACCCACUUGAUCAGGCUGUCCAGGGCACCAUCCGACCUGGCCUUGAAUACCUCCAAGUGGAGCAUCCACAGCUUCUCUGGCAGCCUGUUCCAGUGCUUCACCACCCUUCUGAGUAAAGAAUGUCCUCCUAAUAUCUAAUAUUCCUCUUUUAGUUUAAAACCAUUCCCCCUUGUCCUAUCUCUAUCAGACUGUGUGAAAAGUCAGUCUCUCUCCUCUGUUUAUAAGCUCCCAUUAAGUACUGAAAGGUCUUCCCAGGACCUUCUUUUCUCCAGGUUGAAAAAGCCCAACAGUCUCAACCUUUCUUUAUAGGAGAGGACCUCCAAUCAUCUGUGUGGCCCUCCUCUGGAACAACUCUAAUGGCUCUACAUCUUUCUUGUGCUGGGGGCCUCAGAACUGAACACAGUACUCCAGGUGGGGCCUCAUGAGGGCAGAGCAGAGGGGGACAAUCACCUCCCUGUCCAUGUUUUCCAUUCUUCUUCUGAUGUAGGCCAGAAUACAGUACGCCUUCUGGGCUGCAAAUGCACGCUGCUGGCUCUCAUCAAGUUUUUCUUGUCCUCCUCAGCAGGGCUGAACCCAAUGGGUUCUUCUCUCAGUCUUUACUCAUGAUUGGAAUUGCCCUGGCUGUGGUGUAGCUUAUUGCACUUAGCCUUGUUGAGCCUUGUUAGGUUUGUGUGGGCACGCUUUUCAGGCCUGUUGAAGUCCCUUUGGAUGGCUUCCCUUCCUUCUGUCGUAUCAACUGCACCCCUCAGCUUGGUGCCCUCUGCAAACUUGCUAAGGGUAUGCUCAAUCCCACUGUCUGUGUCAUUGAUAAAGACAUUGAAGAACGCUGGUCUGAAGAUAGACCUCUGGGGGGGGCGCCAUUCGUGGCCGGGCUCCACUUAGGCACAGAGCUGUGGACCACAAUCCUCCAGCUGUGACUAUCCAGCCAAUUCUUUCUUUAGCCCCUGAAUAGUCUACCCUUCACAUCCAUAUUUCUCCAAUUUAGAGAUAAGGGUGUCUUAUGGAACUGUAUCAGAGGCCUUACAGAAGUCCAGGUGGGUAACAUCAGUUGAUCUUCCCUUAUAAACUGAUAUAGUCACUGUGUCAUAGAAGGCUACCAGAUUUGUGAGGCACUAUUUGCCCUUAUGCUAAUUACAGGGGGGUGGGGGAGAAGAAAAAAAAAAAAAAGAAAAGAAAAAAAGGUGAAUACUUAUAUGAGAAAAACAGCAACUUUUAAGGAUUGGAGUUUAUUUACAUUACACAAAUUACAGACUUGCAGGGUGGUAGUUACAAAUAAGUCUGUAGAAAAGAACAAUCAGGCUGACAUUUAAAGAUGUGUUGUUUUUUUAAGUACAAGGCAAGCGCCAAACUCAGUUGGGCUUGACAGAAGGGGAAGAUUUUUGCCAGUUUUGCCUUACCAUUCCUGCAGCUGUGAGACUUAUUAACUAAUGAGCUGCAUAUUACUUCUUGGUGCUGUUUACUCAGUUACCCAUAUUGCUGAAAGCUUUUCAUGUGGUAAUGUGGAAUAACGAGGAAGGCUGACUAUCUGCAUGCAAGAGAUCUUGGUAUCCUCUUGAAGUGUGUUACUGACAAUUGAAAAUAAUGAGGCCCUGCAGAAAUUCAAGAGUCAAGGUACUUCAGCGGAGUCUCUUUGUGAUGAUGUUGUAUCUGUCCUCACUGUGCUCUGUGAGAAGCUCCAGGCUGUCAUAAACGACAAUCGACAACUUCAACUUCUUUAUUUGGAGUGCAUCCUCUCCAUGUUAAACAGCUCCUCUCCAAGCAUGCACCAGCACAAAGGAUUCACUGAUCUAAUAUGGAAGCAACUGUGUCCAGCCCUCAUAGUAAUCCUGGGAAAUCCAAUCCAUGACAAAACUAUCACAUCUGCCCACAGCAACGUCUGUCUAGAAGCUGAUUCACCUUCCUCGGGGGUCUCUGAUCAUGGCCGGGGUUCAGGCUGUUCAUCCACAGCGCCUGCCCUUAGCGGGCCUGUUGCACGGACCAUAUACUAUAUUGCUGCAGAACUGGUUCGACUGGUGGGGACAGUGGAAUCCAUGAAGCCUGUGUUGCAGUCUCUCUAUCACCGGAUCUUGCUUUAUCCACCACCUCAGCACCGGGUAGAAGCCAUCAAAAUUAUGAAAGAGAUACUUGGCAGUCCUCGGAGGCUUUGUGAUUUGGCAGGGCCCUGCUCUUCAGAGUCAGAAUCCAGGAAGAGGUCUAUUUCUAAAAGAAAGUCCCAUCUGGAUCUUCUCAAGCUUAUCAUGGAUGGGAUGACAGAAGCAUGCAUCAAGGGUGGUAUUGAAGCAUGUUAUGCUUCAGUGUCCUGCGUAUUCGCCCUGCUUGGAGCACUGGAUGAGCUAAGCCACGGCAGGGGUCUUAGUGAGGAACAGGUCCAUCUGCUCCUCCGAUGCCUGGAAGAAUUGAAAGAUGGGACUGAGACAAGCAGAGACUCCAUGGAGAUCAAUGAUGCUGACUUCAGGUGGCAGAGGCGCAUUCUAUCCUCAGAAAAUCCUGCCUGGGAAUCAGGAAAUGAGAAAAGUCCUGAUAUUAGCAUUAGUGUUACAACAGACACUGGUCAGACCACUUUGGAAGGAGAUAUGGGACAGACAACUCCAGAGGAUAAUCUGGAAAGUCAAAAAAACUCACUGCCAUCUCCAGCUGGGCAUGAAAGCAAAGAGAUUCAUUAUAGAGAACCAGAGUCAGAAACCAUUGACCAGCCAGACGUUGUUCAGAGAAGCCACACCAUAGUCUAUCCAGAUAUAACUAACUUCUUAUCAGUUGAUUGCAAGACCCGGUCUUACGGAUCCAGGUACAGUGAAAGUAACUUCAGUGUAGACGACCAGGAUCUUUCUAGGACUGAGUUUGAUUCAUGUGACCAGUAUUCCAUGGCAGCAGAGAAGGACUCUGGACGGUCAGAUGUUUCGGACAUAGGCUCUGACAAUUGCUCCCUGGCUGAUGAGGAGCAGACACCUCGGGACUGUCCAGGUACCAGGUCCUUACGUACUGCAGCUCUCUCUCUAAAGUUGCUGAAAAACCAGGAAGCAGACCAGCACAGCGCACAGCUCUUCAUCCAGUCACUUGAAGCUCUUCUUCCUCGGCUCAUAGCUCUCCCCAGCAUAGAGGAGGUGGAUACAGCACUGCAGAACUUCUCUUCAGCUUUUUGCUCAGUUAUUCACCUUAUCCACGCCCCCAAAGUGACGUCAGUGGAAAGUCCGAGAAGGCAGCAGCACAGAACUUUCAAACCCUCACGAGGUACGAUGCACUCACCAGGAUUUGAAGGAAACCCAAAUUUCAGCUUCCAAACUCUGAUGAAUGCAGACAGUCUCUACAUGGUCUCUCAUUAUACUCUGCUGCUAAACCUAAAAUUGGCCAACUCAGAUUACUACAGGAAGAAGCCUCCCCAAGCUCCUGUGUUGCUGAAAGAGUUCAUGAAGCAGGUCCAGUCCAGUGGAGUGCUGAUGAUAUUUUCCCAAGCCUGGGUUGAAGAACUGUACCACCAGGUACUAGAAAGGAACAUGCUAGGGGAAGCUGGAUACUGGGGAAGCCCUGAAGAACACAGCCUUCCACUUAUCACCAUGCUGACUGAUAUCGAUGGCUUGGGAAGCAGUACGGUUGGUGGCCAGUUGAUGGCAUCUGCUUCAGCUCAAUCUCCUCUUUCCCAGAAUCAGAAGACAGACGAUUCUGUUGUUGCAGGAGUUGCUUUUGCCCGAUACCUCUUAAUUGGCUGUUGGAAGAACUUGAUUGACACUUUGUCCACACCGCUGACUGGUCGCAUGGCAGGCAGCUCCAAGGGGCUGGCAUUCAUCUUGGGAGCAGAAGGAGCCAAAGAGCAGAACCAAAAGGAGAAGGACUCCAUAUGUGUGAGCCUGGAUGGACUGAGGAGGGCAGCCCGCCUGAGCUGUGCUCUAGGAGUUGCUGCUAACUGUGCAUCUGCUCUUGCCCAAAUGGCUGCUGCGUCCUGUGUCCAAGAAGAGAAAGAGGAAAAAGAAAUCCAAGAGCCCAGUGAUGCUAUAGCUCAAGGCUGUAUACCUUUAUCACCACCAUAUAAAGAAGCAAAUGUUUGUUUAAAAGCUGGAGACAGCAAUGUUCUUUCUGGUUUUUGUGCUGCAGUGAAACAGAAAGUGGAGCAGAAACUGGAGCAGAUGGGGAAAGUGCAGGGAGUUUGCCUACACACUGCUCACGUUUUGUGUAUGGAUGCAGUCCUGAAUGUGGGCCUGGAGAUGGGAAGCCACAAUCAAGACUGCUGGCCUCAUGUGUUCAGGGUGUGUGAGUACAUCAGCACUCUGGAGCACACCCACUUCAGUGAUGGCACCUCCCAGCCCUGCCUUACCAUCACCCAGUCACAGCAGGCACCUGGAGGCCCACACUCAGACACUGAGCUGGGAGACGCUCCUCAGGAACAGACCCCUGAGCAGGAGACCACCCUCAGCAGCAAUCCUGUCAUUCAGCCAGUUUCCAUCCAGGAACUCGUCAAGGAGAGCAGUAAAGGCAGAGCUUUCGACUUCCGUGGAGGCAGCCUGCUGUGUGGGACCAGUGCUGCCAAGGCUGUUCUCACACUCUCUACACAAGCUGACAGGCUCUUUGAAGAUGCUGCUGAUAAGUUAAAUUUGAUGGCACUGGCAGGCUUCCUUUACCAGCUCAAGAAGGCUUCUCAGGCCCAGCUUUUCCAUUCUGUCACAGAUACAGUUGAUUACUCCCUAGCAAUGCCAGGGGAAGUAAAAUCCACCCAGGACAGGAGAAGUGCGCUUCACUUGUUCCGACUUGGUGAUGCCAUGCUCAGAAUCGUGAGGAGUAAAUCCCGCCCACUGCUCCACCUCAUGCGCUGCUGGAGCCUGGUGGCACCUCACCUGGUGGAGGCUGCCUGUCACAAGGAGAGGCAUGUGUCUCGGAAGGCUGUCUCCUUCAUCCACGACAUCCUUACCGAAGUGCUGACAGACUGGAAUGAGCCUUCUCAUUUUCACUUUAAUGAGUCACUUUUCCGCCCCUUUGAGCGUAUCAUGCAGCUGGAGCUGUGUGAUGAGGAUGUGCAAGACCAGGUGGUCACCUCCAUAGGAGAGUUGGUGGAAAUGUGUUCUACCCAGAUCCAGUCAGGAUGGAGACCCCUGUUCAGUGCCCUGGAAACAGUUCACAGCGGCAAUAAGUCAGAGGUUAAAGAGUACCUUGUAGGAGAAUACUCUAUGGGGAAACGCCAGGCCCCGGUGUUUGAUGUCUUUGAAGCAUUUCUAAACACAGACAGCAUCCAGGUCUUUGCCAAUGCCGCCACCAGUUAUAUUAUGUGCCUUAUGAAAUUUGUGAAAGGACUGGGGGAAGUAGAUUGUAAGGAGAUGGGUGACUGUGUGCCAGGAUCAGGAUCAGCAUCUACAGACUUGUGCCUUCCCGCGCUUGAUUACCUCAGGAGAUGUUCUCAGUUGUUAGCCAAAAUCUACAAAAUGCCCUUGAAACCUAUUUUCCUCAGUGGCCGGCUGAUUAAUAUGCCCCGAAGAGUGCAGGAACAGUCAGCCAGCAGUGAGGAUGGUAUUGAGUGCAUCCUUUCUGACUUUGAUGACGACACUGGCCUUAUCAAUGUCUGGAUUAUUCUGCUGGAAGAAUUAACAACCGCCAUAUCCAACUGUCCCCGCCAGCACCAACCUCCUACUCUGGAUCUGCUCUUUGAAUUGCUGCGGGAUGUUGCCAAGACACCUGGCCCAGGAUUUGGCAUUUAUGCAGUUGUACAUCUUCUUCUUCCUACGAUGUCCCUUUGGCUCCAUCGCAGCCAUGGUGACCAUUCUUACUGGGAUGUGGCAUCUGCUAAUUUCAAGCAUGCCAUUGGCCUUUCUUGUGAACUCGUAGUGGAGCACAUUCAAAACUUCAUACAUUCAGAUAUUGGUUAUGAAAAUAUGAUCAAUACUAUGCUAAAAGACCUUUUCAAGUUGCUGGUCGCCUGUGUAGCAGAACCAACAGAAAUUAUUUCCAGAGUUGGCUGCUCUUGUAUCAGGUAUGUAUUAGUGACAGCAGGACCUGUUUUUACUGAAGAGAUGUGGAGGCUUGCAUGUUGUGCCUUGCAGGAUGCAUUCUCUGCCACUCUGGAGCCAGUAAAGAACCUAUUGGGCUAUUUCCACAGUGGUUCUGAAAGCUUUAGUGGAGACGCCUGCGAAGUGAAGGUGGCAGCCCCCUCCCUCUCACCGAGUGCUGAGGCUGAAUAUUGGAGAAUCAGAGCCAUGGCACAACAGGUCUUCAUGCUGGAAACUCAGUGCUCCCCAAAGACCCCUAGCAACAAGGAAGGGUUCGAACAUGCCCAGUCAUGUGUGCUUGUCAUUGACCUGCCACCAGAUAAGAAACCAAAUGGGCAUACCCAGAGAAGGAAGCUGGGUAUUCCUUUCAGGACAAUAGUGGUGAGCUUGCUGUCACACCAAGUACUGCUCCAGAAUUUGUAUGACAUCUUACUGGAAGAAUUCAUCAAAGGCCCAUCUAACUUAGAGGAGAAAAUGACAAUACAAGUACCAGAAAACAAGUUGGCUGGUUUUCUCAGGUACAUCUCCAUGCAAAACUUGGCUGUCAUCUUUGACUUACUGCUGGACUCCUAUAGAACAGCCAGAGAGUUUGACACCAGGCCUGGGUUGAAGUGCUUGCUAAAAAAAGUGUCUGGCAUUAGUGGAGCUGCCAACUUGUAUCGCCAGUCAGCGAUGAGCUUCAAUAUUUACUUCCAUGCUUUGAUUUGUGCUAUCCUGACAAACCAGGAGAACAUCACUGCAGAGCAAGUGAAGAAGAUCCUCUUUGAGGACGAUGAGAGAAGCACUGACUCAUCACAACAGUGCUCUUCAGAAGACGAAGACAUUUUUGAAGAAACUGCCCAGGUCAGUCCCCCUCGGGGAAAAGAGAAGAGACAGUGGAGGGCUCGAAUACCAUCUCUGAGUGUACAGCCUGUCAGCAAUGCAGACUGGGGAUGGCUGAUCAAGCGGCUUCAUAAGCUCUGUAUGGAACUGUGCAACAACUACAUCCAGAUGCACCUAGACCUGGAGAAUAACGUAGAGGAGCCUCCAGCGUUCAAAGGCGACCCAUUCUUCAUUUUACCAUCCUUUCAUUCAGAAACCUCCACCCCGUCAACUGGAGGGCAGUCUGGGAAGGACACUCCAUCAGAAGAUGACCGGAGUCAAAUAAGGGACCAACUGGGAGACAGCCUAACACCACGAAGUGGAGAAAUGCUGCUACUACCCCCACUCUCAAGUCCUAAACCAGAGAAAAAAGAACAAACCAGGAAAAAAGAAUGGUGGGAGAGCGCUGGCAACAAGAUCUACACCAUAGCCACUGACAAAACCAUCUCUAAGUUCAUGACAGAAUACAAAAAAAGAAAGCAGCAGCAGGCCAUGACAUCCUUCACCAAAGAGGCCAAAGUGGAAAAGAAAGGGGAGCUCCUGGGCUCCAGAGGGCAGGACUCACCCGUACUCCAGAGGCCACAACAUCUUAUAGACCAAGGUCAAAUGAGGCAUUCAUUCAGUGCUGGCCCAGAGAUCCUGAGACAAGAGAAGAGACCACGCUCAGGAUCCACAGUCAGCUCUCUGAACAUAUCUGUUAGGGAUGCAGAGGCCCAGAUACAGGCAUGGACCAACAUGGUGCUGACAGUUCUCAAUCAGAUUCAGGCCCUGCCAGACCAAACUUUCACAGCCCUCCAGCCAGCAGUGUUCCCAUGUAUCAGCCAGCUGACUUGCCACGUGACUGAUAUCCGUGUCCGUCAGGCAGUACGGGAAUGGCUGGGAAGAGUGGGCCGUGUGUACGAUAUCAUCAUGUAAACUAGCUGUGCUCUGUUGCAAAGGGGAGAAGACAGCCAAGACAUAAUAGCAAAGAGGUAUUUGGGGUUCAUUAACUGCCUAUUUGUUGGUGAUAAAUUAAGAAACAAUGAGCUUGUUGAUGUAUUUCCCCUAUCCACUUGAGACUGUGCGUUCCUCACUCAUACUAGCAGAGGAGGUGAAGCAUGAAUGUGCCCGGGGGGGUCUGGAAUGACCCCAGAAUCUGCCAGUAAAUCAGGCUGGUACCUAAAGUCAAAAUACAUUUCAGUAACCUUCAUUUUAAUUCAAAUUUACAACAGUGGGAGCCACAUCAAACUCUAGGUAAACAUCCACCCUUCUAAUUAGCUAUGAAUGGGACCAUCAAGCCAGGCAAGCAAGACCUAUAUAACUAAAAAUAACUAAAAAGGUAGCACUUGUUCAGAGUAACCUUUUCCAUUCAGAAAUUAGCAUGAAGGAGGAAAGCCAGAUAAAGAUUACUACAAUACUGUAUGCCUUGCUAACUGAAGAAAGUUGAAAUUUACUUUGUUCUGAGAAGAGCCUUUGAAAUCUGGUCAUGUUCAGGGUAGCAAGUGAUUAUUAAAGAAUCCCAGGUCUUAAACUGGUGAACCAAGCACAGGCUAUUCAUCCUUUCAUUACCCUUGUGGAGUAAUGCUUGGGGAAAAAGAAAAAAAAGGCCCUGUCAGCCUGCCUUCUCUACAGCACCACCCUGGCUACUUCAGCUAUGACCACAGGUGAUCAUUUUUCCACACAUAUAAUUUCCCUGAAAGGCUACAGGGAAGUCUGUUUUGCUGUUUCCUCUGAAGCUGGAGGGAAAAACACACCACAGAGGAAAGUUACAGUAAGUCUACAUGCCCGUAUCCAGCACUCACAACAGAGUGAAGUGUUCCUCCAGUUCAAGCAACACUGCAGCUGAGCUGACUUUAGCAUCUUCUAGAACUACUGUAGCCAGGACCCUUACACUGAACUUAGCCUAUCACUCUGUGUUGAAGUUAAUCAAGAUGGAAAAUAGUCUGUUCCUCUCCCCUUUCUCAUCUGCUGCAGUAAACAGGGAGGGAACAGAGCCUUAGAUAGGUACAUUCUCCCUGUGUGCAGUGCUUCUAUAAGGACUACUACAAUCUGCCAAUAUUAUUAACAGAGGGAGAAGUGGAAGGAAGGACUGACUGCUGUACUGUCAAAUACAUAUGUGAUGAUGUUCACACUGGACACAGCUAAGGGUUACUUUGCUUCACAAAUUAUGUCACAGCCCCUGGGACUUGUACUCCUAUACUACAUCAUUUGUUGAUUAGCUGUUUAAAUAAUUCGUCAGAACUAAUUUAAUCUUGAGUCAUCCCUCAAUGAUGUUCUCCCAAGACUUUUAAAAUAUGCAUACCAACUGAAUAUACAGCUUUGGUCCCUGCAUCCUCAAAAAAUAUCAUCUUUUUACAUCAGUCCUUGACUUUGCACAACUAACUGUUUUUAGCAUCUUGAACCUAAAAAAGUAGAGGGUCAGUCAAAAAAAGACAUGCUGAAUAGCCAUCACCCUAGCUGAUGUGUUUACUAAGAGCCUGCCACUGUCAUCCUGCCUUUGCCCUUCAUCACCCACUCCCUAUUUGCCAACUGCUAGAUUUUUGUGUGGGGACUACUUUGUCCUGUACUACUGUGCAGUGUUAGUCACACUGUUUCUCAGAACUUCACUUGCAGAAUUAUUCCAGGAACACCAAAAAUUCCAUAAAAACAACUUGUUCUUUUAUAAAUAAGUAAUUUAAUAUUAUUUUCAAUUGUCUGUUUUCCCAACAGAUGGAAUACUUCCUUGGGGACAGAUGAGAUUUUAUACCAAGCCCUUAGUAUAUUGUUAGAUUUUUGUUGCCAUGUCUUUCUUACACAUCUUUAGGUUGAGUAAAAUGUGGUUAUAUUUUGUUAAUCUUUUUAUUUGGCAUCUAUACAGAACUGCUUUUAAAGCAGGACAUUAAUUAGGCAACAGCCAGAAUCAGAAUGAAUACCUGCAUGCAAGGACACUCAAAUGUGCUAUUUUUCAUUAUGCGUUCAUUUCAGGGAUUGAGCUCUUCACUGUGCUUACCUAAAACUGAAGCAAAUCCUUGAUUUAUGUUGGAGAAGUAAAACUGAUAACAGUACCAAGGUAGUCACUCAGGAUUCCAGAAGGGGGCCUGUUAUCUAGAAAACACCAUGGUUACACAUUACCUGUAAAUCAGAAAGAGAAGCUCUAGGAAUGAAAAGGCCUGCCCCCAACCAAGCACCUGAACACAGCACAGCCCAGUGUUACCUGCUUAGCUAGCUGCUUGACCAAAGCACUGCUGUAUUGCAAUGCAUUUUAAACUUCUCCUUCCAAAUUAUGCACUAAGUGCCCAUUGUCACCCUCAGUGCCUCUCUUUGCCCAUACAACCCCCCCUUAGGAAACCAUAUGAGGACACAAGAAACUGCAUCAUUCCAGAAAUAUCAUGUAAAAGGAUGGGAGGAGCACAAAAUACUCUCUUGUAGCAGCAGGCUUUAGGUGAGCAAUGUUUAGCAGGUGUUGCUCUUCCUUUUCCUUCUGUAUGAAAUGGUAAGCAGGUGAGGACAGCUUACUGCUACUUCAGGAGCUAUCAAUCUGAGAGCAACCUGUGGAGUUGGUUCAUCUGGUUCUUUUUCACUAGUUUAGCCAUAGACAUUAGACAAAGUAGUAAAAUGCUGAGUGUGAAGUCACCAUUUUGUAGGCCUGUGUCCUCUGCUCCAUUCAUACUUUGGACUGCUUGGCCUAAAGCUGCCAGCACAGGGCUUGCAGGCCUCACAGUGCAAGCUUCCUGCCCAGAGAAGGAACUUGCACAGAUCGGUUCCAGGGAAGAGUAUUGGCACUAGCCCCCAGCUCUGACCACCCCAAGCACAUCCAUCAGCACAAAGCAGCCCUCCACACAUCUUUCUCACAUAACACUUUCUGAUUCUUACUUAUAGCCCCGUAGCCCAAUGUGCAAGGCAACAGCGGCAUAGAACCAACUACUGUUGAAUCAGAACAUUUAUCUCCUGGUUAAUGUGCUUUUAUUAAUUCUCUCCUAGGAUAGACACUUACUUUAGAAUAAUUGACAUCAUUCAGCAUCCAGAAAAAAUUAUUAGGGGAAGGGUUACAAAGACCCGGGCAGAACUUUUCUUGUAAAACACCAAACACAGGAACACAGCUUUUGUCUCAUCACAGAUAAAACAAUACACUUCUUCCUGAGUAUAGCCAGCUUCUGUUGAGGACAAGCAGAGUUUUCACUCGUGGCUUGACCCAGCAAGGUACUUUGCCUUUAAUUCGAGCUUCAAGAUCUGUUUAAUUUUACUGUAAAAUUCACUGAUGAAUCCUCAUUUGCCCAAGAGGUAAUUCCCACCUCUAAAUACCAUACCAUAUGUAAUCUCCAUUUGCUCUGAAUAUAGUGGUAUACCAGUGAUGGUAUCUCCACUUCAGAACUCAGUGCAGGACCACUAUGAAACUUGAGCAUCGAACACACUAACAAGUAGAGAGGUCCGGCUGUGCGUGCUGCCUGCAUUUGCCAUCUCCUGCUACAGCUUAGGCCCACUCUCAGACUGCCCAAGCUAUUGUUAUUAGUGGGAAUAUCUAUGCUCUGGACUCAGUCCUUGAAUCUUUCAACUCCUGCAUAGAAGUCAACAAGUUCUCAGGAAGGGGAAAGUCCUGUAUAGUUCCUGCUAUCGCUUUCUCUGUUGUGGUCCUUUAUACAAAUCACUCCUGAAAAUCCACAAAAGCCAGCACACAUUCCUGUGCAUCACAGUGCCCCCAGACUAGAACUAGAACCUGCACUCUUGCACAGAUCCAGUUUUAAUGUGCAAGAAGCCAACCAUAGCAAGCCUUCAUUGCUAACCAGCUCUCGUGUACAAGCUUAGUUGGAAACUGAGCAUGCAGAAUUUAGCUGUUUUCACUUCUAGCAACCCAUUCUAGAAAUGCUAUUACUCAGUGAUAAACUGUUUUUAAUUCAACAAAUUCAACAAAACCAACUUCUUUCCCGUGUCUUAUUUCUGUGAGGGUAUGAUAAGAUUAUGCUUAAGCAAGCAAUUUAAUCAAUAUUCUGGUUAUAAUCACUCUUGGGAAGAUCUGUUUAUACUGGUAAGCAUGGCAUAUGAAAUUAGACAGAUAGAUCAUUGAUCUCUUUUCCCUCAAUUUCUGAUAAUUCAACACUUCUUUGAAGAAAUGAUGCAAUACCAUCAAUUUAAAAUAUAUAUAUAUAUACCUUCUCCUUCAGUAUAAAAGGACCAACUUACCACAUCACAGAAGCACAAAUGUUGGAUUUUAUGCAAUGUAGAUAACAUCUGGCAGCUAUUGACCCCUCUUCUCUGAGCCUCCCCAUUUUGAGCAGAGCUUCUGUAGGGAUACAACUUAAGGGUCUAUCAGCAGCCCUCACCAGCAACGUGCCUGGGUCUCCAGGAAGUUGUACAGUUGCAUGGAAGAAAUCUCACCUCCUCUUUGUGUUGUUUCCACUACUGCCCCUUUAUAUGUGGUACUCACUACAGUUUCAUUUCACACUAAACAGCUUUGGACAAACAUGACAGGCUGGCUAUUUAGACAGAAAAUAACAAAGCACUUAGCCUAAGUAUGCACCGUUCUUUUCACUUAAUGCUGAGAGGUCCAAGUUAAGAACCAGGAACAGAGGGAAGGGGAAAUGCCCUAAUUCUGACUGUGGAUAUCAGUGGAGCUACACUGCAUGAUCCUGGAUUAAUGCAAUAAUGAGCUUGCCUGUGGGACCAGAUCCCUCAAAUCCUCUUUAUUUUUGGCAAAUUCACAAGCAAAGGUUUGCUUACUCUCCCCUGCCACAUCAUUUCAGGGAACUGGGGUUAUAGAAGACAUUUUUUGUUAAGAAAAAGUGGCAGGAGGAUCUAUUUCAAUUCUUGCAAAUCAACAUCCCACUUAUCAGAAAGUAGUUACAUAUUUCUAUCCAUGGAGCAUUAAGGCCUUAUUUCCUUUUCACACCUUUGCUUAGCAUAGUCUGUGGUGAAAUACCGUGCUUCCACAGGAAGCAAACUGAAGCAGGAGAGCUUCAGGGACAAAUACCACCCCCGCAGUCAGGCCACAACUCCUGAGCCUCCAGCUCUGUGGAAGAAAGCAUGAUUUGAUACCAAAGGGAGAGCAGCCAGGAAGGGCCGAGCCACGUCGUAGCAGAGUCCUGCACUGCAUACCAUUUCAAGGGGCAGAUGGAAGCAAGGGGUGUGAAAGUACGAAGUGACAGCAGGGAGCACCUUCUUUUAGCUCCCUUCACCUUCCCCUUCCCCACCUCCAUUUUUGUCAUUAUUUACAAUACCAUAAACUUACUUCCACGGGCCCUCUGACCAGAGCUGAAAACUGAUAGAAAGCCAAAGGGAGUAGACACUCCAUUUUGCCAAAGAUCUGAUUAUUCCUAUUCCAAAAUAAAAAGCAAAUUCUAUUUCCGUGAUGAUGGCUGCCAUAGAAAGCAUUUUACUACAAAACAUUAUUCCCAGGAUUUCAUCUCUAUAGCUGUAUAUUCAGGAGGAGCCACUAAUGUUUUUAAGAGAGACUGUGAACGUCUAGAGUUCUUACACUGGAUUUACCUUCUACAGAGUUCAUACCUAGCUGCAGUUCCCCAGUUUCAUUCAUGUUUCCUCCCUCUACCUUUCUCCUAUUCUUUGGAAAAACAUCUUCCUAUAUCUGCUGCGUUCCGUUGUGCUGCUUUGUUUGGUUCUUCAGUGUCCAUUGGUCAGGAAGUCACUGUAAGCUGGCUUGCAAAUUGUAUUUUGUGUAUAUUUUGGUCAGACUGAAUUCUGAAAUGGAAAUAUUUUAAAACAAACAAAAAAAAAUUAUAAACUAUUUAUGUUGCUUGUGUUGUAGAAUAAAGAAGCAAAUGCAAAAUAA